GUAAUGUCAAAAUAAAAAAGUAUCCCUGAUCACUCAGUAUUGUAGCUAUUGCUGCAGGGUAACAUCUGGUUUUUUCCGGGUUAUAACGAAGUAUAAUAAUAGCGAUAAAAACGGACUAAUAUUAUUCCAGAUAAAAUGCUGAUGUUAUCUUUUGAGAUCAUUACUUUCAAUGAAGAACAUAACUACAAUUGAUUGGGCUGCUAGAUUGGUAGCAACGUGAUGGACCACACACACAAAAAUAUAACAUGCAGGGCCUAUUAGUGUUUACCAAUAAUUUAACUUGGAUUGGCAUAAAAACUGGCGAAAUUAAAGUGAUUUUAUAUAUCGUCAUAUACCUGUAUCAUAAUUUUGUAAAUGGGUUUAAUUAUUCGAUAUGAACUGCAAACAAGCUUCAUUGUAUUUGUAACUCCAUUCGUAUAAUGACCGUCAUGGAUUAUCCAAUAAGGCUCCAUUUGGCGGACUAUGUUGUCCUUGGAUUUGGAAUAGCUGCAUCUUUUGCAACAGGUGUCUUUUACGCAAUCAAAGAGCGCAAACAUUCAACGUUACUUCGGUUUCACAGAGGAGAUGGAAAAUUAAAUGCCAUUCCAGUGGCAAUUUCGCUACUUGUGACGUUCGAAUCUUCCAUUUUCUACCUUGGAUACCCGACUGAAAUCUACAUCUACGGAUCAAUGUAUUGGCUACUGAACAUUGGAUUAAUUCUUGGUUAUCUUGCCAUGUUUUUCAUAAUAAUCCCCCUGUUCUACCCACUGCAAGUUACAAGUGUGUAUGAGUAUCUUGAAAUGAGACACGAAUCUAGACUACUUCGUCAGAUUGCAAUGUGGAUGGGGACAUUUGUCAUGAUAAUAUACGCGGGAAUUGUCAUUUUCGGGGCAGCUAUAGCCAUGGAAUCAGUGACGAGGGUCCGUGUAUGGGUCUUCAUAAUCGCAAUCACAGUUUCUGCAGUAAUAUACACGUCGCUUGGUGGAAUAAAAGCAGUUGUGGUCACCGACGUCGUACAAGGGGUGAUAAUGAUGAUCGUCAUUUGCGCAGUUGUCAUUUAUGGAACUAUUAAAGUAGGAGGAUUUUCAGAAGUGAUAGCUAUUAACAAGCCAGCUGGACGUUUGGAUUUGAUUGAUUUCGACCCCAAUCCUUACAAAAGACACACGUUUUGGACACUGGUUAUAGGAUAUGGUUGGAUUUGCGCGGGGAUAUCGUUUCGGCAACCAAUUGUUCAAAGACUUAAUUCUACUCGGUCUAUAAAUGAAGCCAAGAAGGUCGUAGCUCUCGCAAUACCCGGAUUCGUGAUAAUGCAAGCCCUUGUUAUGUUUGAAGGUUUGGUGGCCUAUGCCUAUUUUUCAAACAAAAGAUGUGACCCACUUGCUUCCGGAGCCAUCUCAAACCCUAACCAAAUAGUGCCGUAUCUCGUUAUGGACCUUUUCCAGGACGUACCGGGCAUUGCAGGGCUUUUUUUAGCUGCUCUAUGCAGCGCGUCUCUGAGCACAAUUUCCUCUUUAUUGAGUGGCGUCUCGGCCGUCGCAUCGGAGGACAUUGUUCGACCACGCUUGAAACACAAAUCAGAAAAGUACCUGACUAAUAUUUCAAGACUCGUAGUGGUUUUGACUGGUGCUGUAUGUAUUGGCGUAGGGAUACUCUUUAGCUACGUAGACGGAGCCCCAAUGGGACAAAUUGCAGACAGCAUUCUCGGCGCUGUGGAUGGACCCGUUUCAGCAGUAUUCUAUCUCUCAAUAUUCUGCAAGUUCACAACACGGCGCGGUCUCUAUGUCUGCAUCGUAGUUGGUUUGUGUUUUGCCUUAUGGAUGUCACUUGGCUACAACUUCUCGCCAGGACGUAGGAAGACGCCAUGGCUACCUCUUGGACCCACUGAUGGAUGUACAGUUAACAACUUUACAACCUUCGACAAUAUAUCUUUGAACCAGCAGAACACUUUUCAAUCUCAAAUAAAUAUAAGCACUAUUUUGAACACAACGACUGGCAGCAGAGACGCGAACAACACGCCGUCUGUAUGUUCCAUUGAUGGCGACAGUAGUACGCCUUUGAACUCGGGACGCACUGACGGACGCAUUGAAGGGCUGGAUUGGUUGUAUUCUAUUUCGUACAUGUACAUUUCAUUACUUGUCUCAAUCGUCACAAUAACCACUGGUCUCAUUGCUAGCAGGUUAACAAAAGACAGACCAAAACCCGUACCAAAAUAUUUGAUGUUAAAGCUGAAUCGGAGAUUCCUUAAAUGUAUGCCAAAUUAUGCGGCACUAGCUGCCACGGAACCCCUUGAAAACGGAGAGCAACAAGAAAGCUCUUGCUAAAACAUAAACUAAUUUCCACAUGCAUGCACUAUGGAAGGGCAAGGGGUCAUACUUCCAAACCGCUAAUUGAAAUUUUAAUACUGUUUUGUUAUUCAUUUUCUAUAUGUGAUAAAAUUGUGCCUUUGUACCUAACUGUUGGCAAGCACAUGUUGCCAUUUCUAGAAGCAUUCUAGAAAAUCGUUACCGAAACAUCAAUCUAUAUGAACCCCAUUUACUGAUUUAUGAGAGUUUAUUUGAUCUUCCUGUUAUAUAUGUUUUCUAAAAAGAAUCUGUUGCUAUUUCAAUCUAUAUAUGAUAGUUUACUAUAACCAAACGGAAAAGUGUAAUAUGAUUUGUGCUAAAUGCUAUUACGCUUUCUGCUUUAAAGCUGCUCUCUAACAGUAAAUAGAAAUAUAUCAUUUUUUGUGUAUACUUUAAUGCGAUGCUUUAUUUCUAGCACUCAAAUCAAACAACUUAAUUGUUAAUUGUAAUUAAAUACAGCACAGUAAGCACUUAACGACCUGAACAUUUGUAAAAUGAAAUUUAAUUAAAGACAUUAACCUUUCAAUUUCUUGUUUAUUUGGCAAGUGCAAACCUCUGGCGGGAAGUCGAUAUUUUAUUUGUCUCAGUUAAAUUGUCUUUUAUUUUUUCUUGGCACCAAAAAACAAUUUUAGAUUUGCCUGUUUGUGAAGACCUCCAUAUGUUCAGUCCUAAUGGUUUACAGAAAUAUUUUGAACAGUAAAAUAUGUCAGAUUUUACAAAAUUAAUGUGUCAGAUUUUAAGUCCUCAAUUUUAAUAUUUUGUGACUUCAAAACGUUUAAACUUAAACCACAAGUUCAAAAAUUUAAAGGAAUAUGAUAAUAGAUUAUGGAAAUUAAGGUUAGAUUCGAAAUUGGUGAAUUAGUGAAAUGUCAGUUCAAAAACACUUUAAUUCAUAAUUUUUUUUUAUUCAAGCCUACAAUAUAUUUUCAGAGUACGAAGCCAUUUACAACUCCUACGCUUAUCUAUCAUCAGUUAUAAUUGUAUUAUCUAAAGUUAUGAGUAACAAUGUUUAUUGGAGACGUAACACAAGGACACUUAAAGCUGCACUCUCACAGAUUUACUUUUUGUUUAUUUUGUCUCGGACUGGGACAAUUUUUAUUAUUACCUGAGUGGUAUAAGGCUGCUGACAGAAGAUCUUACCCUAUUUACGUUAGAAAUUUAAUGAUUAAUGGCUAAACGUGUUACUAAAAUCUUUCAGGAAAAUUGAUAAAACAUCAAUUUUUGAUCAUAAAUAUGAAAACCUGUGAUCUAAUGUUUUGUCAGUUAUGUAUUAUGUCACUUUUUCCAUGCAUUUCCGCAAAUACUGGCUUGUUCCAAGACAAAAAAUAAAAAAAAAUGUUGAAAAGUUCAAUCUGUGAGAGUGCAACUUUAAAAAACACAGUGAGGAAAUAUGUUUUUAUAAAAUAAUAUUGAAACCUCAAAAACGAUUAACGCGUGAUCAAAUUGAAGGCUUUGAUGAAUUUUAAAGCUUUUAUUUUAUUUGCGCUUUUUUGGAAUGGUAAUCUUCUCAUGUGAGUUUGAAAAAAUACGCUAGAUCACUUAUGCAUUAAGAUUGAAUAGUAAAUAUUUCUAUAAAUAAUAUUAACUGAAUGUUAUUCAGGUGUUACGCUCCAAUGAUUUUAAAGAUUUAUAUCUUCAAACCUAUAUUUAUUUGAGGAAAACCCGGCAGGCAGAAAGCUUUUUUGCAUUUCGUUCACAUCGACUGCGUUUUUUUUGCCAGAUUUUAAAAUCUAUAUUUCAAAUGAAUGUCUAGCAGAGUUCUGGGUAUGCGUAUAGCAUGUUGCAGAUUAUGUCAAUGUUAGAGAAACACCAACUAUUCAGCUUUUGUUUAAAAUCAUGAAUCACCUUGACUUGUUAAGCAUAAUAAUUUGUCUGAUUAACGUAAAUAGUGCAUAGCAUGAAUUAGUUAUGGCUAAAAGUGUUACUAACACUAAUACAAAAUGCAUAAAAUAUCAAGUUUUGGUCAUAAAUAUGAAAAACUGCGAUCGGAUUUUUUGUCAGCAGUCUUAUAUCACUGGUUUCCAUGCAUUUUCGCAAAUAAUGGCUUGUUCAAAGACAAAAAGUAAAAAAAGUUGUUUAACAAAGUUAUUAUUCUUGCUUUUUUGCGAUCAGACAGAAUGUUAAUAAGAAAUCUACUAGAGGCCUUAAAAUACAGCAAAUUAAUUUAUUCCUUUCUAAUUCAUGAAUAUUAACAAAUUCACGGAACAAAGCCAUGAGAGUGUGGCUUUUAGGAUAAUGCAAGUUGUAACUGGAAGCCAAACUUGAGAACGCUCCUAUUAUACCCUAUCAGUCUUGCGUGCCAUUACAUACCCUCCUGACUGACAACGCUCAUUAUGUAGUUGUGCUCUACGUCUUCUGUGGGCUUGCAUCAGUUUUCAGCAGUUUAUUGUGAUUCUGUAAUACAAUUAAUCAAACCAAAGUUUGCGCUAACUUGUCAUAUAAUCAUUAAUAUGUUUGUGGUUAUUGUAAAACCUGCACGUUUUUUAUGACAAGUUUGUUUGCUUGUUUAAUAACCAUGGUGAAAAACCUUCUUUAUGCAGUAUUUAUAAAUCCGUUUUCACAUAAAAGUGGCUUUCAAACAUGUUUAUUAUACAACUUUUUAAUGUGAAGUGAAGAUAUUUAUGUUGCGGUUUGUAUGCUAGACCGCCAGCGUAACAAAGAAUUUAA